UAUAUGUCAUAUGACGGUUAGGAUUCCUAAAUGCUGCAAUGCAUCAAAGCAUCAAAUGGCUAUAUGUAGCCGGUUAUCAUAAAUAUUGUGUUAUUAGUUGAUAAUAAUGUACGCAAUAAACACUUUUAGUAAAAAACGUAAGAUAACAGUCAUUAAACUUGCAUUUGGCAGAUAAUUCCAUACACGAUUGUUGUAUAUAUUUCGAAAUAUUCAAGAAUGGAGUUGACAAUGAGUGCAUGUAAAUAAACGCGCGAUUAGCACUCAAAAAUCAUGUUCAAGUCUUUCUUCGAUUGUACAGUAAAUAUAUUUAUUUGACAUUAGCGUAAAUAAUAAGGAGCACCAUGAAUAAGGAAUAUUUAAGCCUUGACGGUUCAGGCAAGAAAAGCCAAAAGGAAUGUCUAACCCCUUACAAAGUUGCGGUAGUGAUUUGUAUUAAGAUCUACACUGGUAGUAGUAUUGCUGAAAAAACUGUCAUAGAAAAGCGAGACUUUUGUAUCGCUGCAUUGAAAAUGAUACAGUCUCCUGAUUUAGAUAAAAAGGGCUUAUUUGGCUUGAUUAACUCAUCUGAAUUUGCAUUGGAACGUUUGAGUUGUCAGCUAAAAAUUGAUUUAGAUCAUACUUGUGAACAAGGUGUGAAGGAACUCUUAGAUCUCUUCGAUAAUCUUGGAAAUUUAAUUAAGCCUUUAAUAGAUAAUCCUCAUGUGGCUUUGUUAAAUAAGCACUCUGUUCUUGGCCUCUAUGUGAGAAGAACUAUUGUUAUGUUUGAAAAACUAUCUUUUUACCAAAUUGUUGCUCUUUUUGAAGAUAUAAAAGAAUUCAACGAUGCAGAUUUGUUUGGUCCUCCUUUACCUCUGAGUUCUAAAAAUCAACGUCCCUUUUUACAAAGUGACAAUAAUAUAUGGGGCGGGAGACAAGCUGAAUUACUGGUCGCACAACAAGCUCAUGCACUUCUUACUGAUGAGCAUAAAGCCUUACCACCUGCAGAAUUGCAGGCCCUUGUAAAAGACCUCUUAAGCAGUAGUCCUUAUUAUGCCGAGGCGCACUAUCUAAGUUAUCUCAAUUGUUUAAGAGUUAAUGAGUAUUGUGGAGCAUUGGAUAGUUUAUACCACUGUUUUGAUAGAUUGACUCCUCUAGAAAAUCGUCCAUCAGCAGAUGAUAAAUUAAGAACCUUCAGAUAUGCUGCAUUAAAUUUGGCUGCACUUCACGCACAGUUUGGCUACAAAGAGCUGGCUCAAUUAGCCUUAAAAGAAGCAAUUAUGUUGGCUCAGGAGGCAGGAGAUAACGUUUGUUUGCAACUUGCACAUUCGUGGGUGUAUUAUUUAACAAAUAAAAACAAGGGUCCUCUGAUUGAAAGGUCGAUAGCUAAAUCUACCACACUGAACAUGCUGCACACGUCUAGUUUAGCCCUAAUUGCUUCAGCGCAUAACGCAGCAAUGGAGGGCAAAAAUCCCCAAUUGGUCUUUGAGACUCUCAGCAAGUCUGAUGUCCUGAAUAGGCAGGGUGCAAUGAUCGAUCUCAUGUCUAUGAUCUAUGCAGAGAGGACGGCUCUUUGGGCUUAUUAUGGCAAGACUGUGAUGUCCUCUGUAUGCGGGCAAUUGUUGUUACUCUCUAACUCUGGUGAGAAAAAGAAGCUCAUGUUUAAUGGACCCUCGACCUGCCAAGCUGUGGUCACCGUCGCUAACAUUCUGCACGAGAUGGGCGAGUUCGCACUGGCCAGCGUUGUUUUGUCUCAUGCUAAGGAUAGGUUUCCAAAUCAACCAAGUAGCAGGAUUUGGGCUCUGGCAGACCAACUGCACGAGUUUACCAGACUGAUGAGGAACGAAAAAUGGUCAGCUGCUGAGGAAAUCGCCGUUCAAAUAUCGAGUUUGGAUCCCGUCGAAAGUAAAUUUAGACAAACGGAGGCUCUGUUUGGUAGACACGAUUAUCCAGGAGCUCUCAAAAUUGCCUACGAGCUCGAGGCAAUGGAGGACCUGACGCCACAGCAAAAAGUUAGAGUGAAACUUCAAAUCAGUCAAAUUAAGUGCGGCUCGGUGGCUACCGGCACACCAAUGUCGGCAACGAGUUCAAUUCUUUUGCUCAAUUCCGCCUUAGACAUAGCCACGAGUAAUCACCUGUCUUAUUAUGCAGCGCUAGUCAAUAUGCAUAUCGUUAACGUCCAGCUAUUACUACGAAUGCCAUACCAGGCGAUGCGCAACGUCCGCGAGCCAAUAAUCCAAAUCCUAGCGCACGGCGGCCUGUACGAUCAGGCACGAGCCCACAUCACCUACGCCAAGUGUCUAUCGGCGAACGCAGCAAACCAUACUAACAACGAACACAAGCGGCAAAUAAUGCUUGAGGCGAUAAACCAACUGUUCAAAGCGAAAAAGAUACUCGAGAGGCUUGAGGCCAACGACAGACUGAAAAGCACGCUCUAUCUCCUGAGCGUGUUUUAUCACGAGAUUGGCAUGCCCGAAGAGAGGAAUAGGUGUGCCUUCGAGUUCAAGCAACUCGACCAGCAAUUUCCCACGGAGAAGAAUCAUGUAUUUUUGUUUUGAUAUACAUUUUGUUGGGGUAAUAAAACUUUUUU